AUGACAAGAUCUAGAUCUAGAUCACCACGAUGGAAACCAAGGUCCUUAUCUCCAGCAUUUAGGAGUCCAGAGCACCAUAGGCAAAGGCAUGCUCAUAUUAAUUAUGACUGUGAAUAUAAAAGCUUUCGUAAGGACCCAAAGAAACCUAUGCCUUGGAGAACAGACGAUGAAAAAUACGGACAAAGCAAUUCCAGGUUUGCACCUCAUAGAAAUAACCACCAGAGAAUAUAUGAACGUAGAUCACCUUCACCAAACCUGAAAAGAAUUCCCGUGGAAGAUAAUUACAGUCAUAAGCCCUACAGAACACAUUCAUCUGAAAGAACUGAAAGCAAUAGGAGAUGCCAGUUACCACCAAAAUACUUGGAAAUACCAUAUAAAGAGCAUGAUCGUCCGUUUUACCAACCCAAAAUGGAAGAAAGAUACUUGUUUGAGCACUACAAAGUCACUGGAAAUGAAAAAGGAAUGAAACCUUUUCAUAGACCGUUAGGGGCUUCAUGUAAACUCGAAAGAAAAUGGCACGAAGAUGACUUGAGGCACCAGAGGUUACAUGAAGAGAAGUAUGGUCAGUCACCCAGAAGAGUUUCUGAUGAAUUUACGGCAAGGAGCUCUUUACAGAAGAGGUAUCCUGAAGAUCACGAUUACAGAGAAUAUGGGCACACGUCUAAAAGGGCUAAAGAAAUGGAGAGGUAUGACGGUGGAGAAGUAGCAAGAAAUUCCAAGUGGAAGCAAGAACGUUCUUUUCCACCCUACCAAGAAAAGGAGGAGCAAAGAAAUCUGGGUGCCCAGUCCCACCGGUCGGCUGAAAGGGAGUACUCGGAGGGUUCUGUCGCAAAGAUAGCCUAUGAGUACAGUCACAAACGGCGCAGGCAUCUGGAUGGGGAAAAGCCUUUUUCAGACGAUAGAGCUCAGAAGUAUGUGAAGCAGGAAGACCAGAAAUACGGUUCUUCUAAGGGUGCCCGGAAUAGCAAAGAGUUAGAUUACUGUAGUGGUGGAAGAGCGAGACGGACUGAAGAAGGGCAUGUUGAAGUACCUGUUAAAUACAGUUCAAAGAAGGGCUGCAAUACUUGCGUUAACUCUUCCAAAACGGAUGUUGAUCUGAGAUCUUUUAAAAACAAACCGAAGGAAAGAGUAAGGAAAGAAGGGGAGUUCAGGAAAAAAGUAAAUUCCUCCGAUAGCCAGCAUGACUCGAGUCAUACUGUUUCAGAUCUGAAAAUGUCAGAUGUCAACUGUAGGAGGGAACGUCUCACAAUCAAAGUGGAUAUGAAGAAAAUGGUGACCAAGUACAGGACUGCUUCUAGUCAUACUACAGAGAGACAGAUGUCACAUGAUCUGGUUGCUGUUGGCAGGAAAACUGAAAAUUUUCACCCGGUGUUUGAACACAUGGAAUCUGUGACACACAAUGUUGAAAACGACCCAUCGAGAGAAUUUACUCAGGAAAUAAUCACAAUUAUCCAUCAAGUUAAAGCAAACUAUUUUCCGUCUUCUGACAUAACUCUACAUGAACGGUUCUCAAAAAUUCAGGAUAAACCAAUUGCAAAUGUGAAUGAAGUUAAAAUACACUUGGAUCCAGAAAUUCACAGGAGGAUUGACAUGUCUCUAUCAGAACUUCAGAACAAACGAACUGUGCCAUCUGAAUCUCCCCAGAACAUUAUGAGAGUGUUAGAAGAUCCAAAUGAUCUACGGCAUGAUAUAGAAAGGAGGAGAAAAGAGAGACUGAAGAACGAAGAUGAGAGAGUGUUUCAUGUAGAUGGUCUAACUCCAAGGAACCAGCAAAGCUGCAAUCUUGCGAAAUUACAAAACUCUCAAGUUGAUGGCUUCCAAAAGCCUAUGAGGUUCAUUAAGCCACCCUUCAGGAAAUUUAUUGGGAAACCUCACCUGAAUUCUUACUAUUCUUCAAAACCAAGUGAUACUUACCCUCACAGACGCAUUAGAGGACAUCUUGAAAACGCAGGACCCAUCAGAAGACACUUUAAGAGCAACUUUGCAGAUGGCCGUUUGCAAUCCCAUUAUAAAUCAGGCUUAGUACAGAAGGGUUUAUAUAUUCAGGCUAAGUACCAGCGGUUACGUUCUGUUGGUGUAAGGGGAUUUACCACUAAUAAAUUCAGAGAUGGAUUUUUGAGGAAAGAAAAGGGAAAUUUAAAUAUUGCAACAGAAACCUGA